GUUUCAUCACAACAGACACAUGCACUUACUUUUCCAGUGAAUGGCAGCAACAAUUGAUCCUAAGUAUUUCUGCACCAGAACAGAGAACUUGUAUGAGAAUUCCUAUGGGACUUUCAACUUUAAUAAACUUAAUUCAAUUGAUCUGUAUAGGGCAGAACUAACAAAAAAGUCACUUUCAGAUUCGGAUCUUGUUCUUAUCUUAAUUGCCGAUAUCGUCGUCACCAUUGUAACAUUACAAUGAUGAUAAGUAUUGCUUUGAUCUGGGCAGUAGUAGUUGGAUUUUGUUGCCUUUUGUGGCUUGCUCUGGGGAUAAGACGCAGGCAAGCUGGUGAGCCUGUCAUUGAAAAUGGUUUUAUUCCCUACCUGGGCUGUGCUUUGCAAUUUGGGGCAAACCCUCUUCAGUUCCUUCGCAGCCGGCAGAAGAUGUAUGGUCAUAUUUUCACCUGCAAGAUAGCAGGCCAAUACAUUCACUUCCUGUGUGACCCCUUCUCCUACCACUCAGUCAUCAGACAAGGAAGACACCUUGAUUGGACAAAAUUUCAUUUUGCGACAUCUGUUAAGGCAUUUGGUCAUGACAGCUUUGACCCUCGUCAUGGUUACACCACAGAAAACCUUCACCAAACCUUUCUGAAGACGCUGCAGGGGGAAGCUCUGCCCUCCCUGAUAGAAACUAUGAUGGGCCACUUGCAAGAUGUCAUGCUUAUGUCAGACAGACUUAGUCCAAGUGAAGAUCAGUGGCAGGUGGACGGGAUCUUUGCCUUCUGCUACAAGGUCAUGUUUGAAGCUGGCUACUUGACUCUGUUUGGUAAAGAGCUUGGAGAAGACAAAUGUCACAUCAGACAGGCUGCACAGAAAGCGUUGGUCCUCAACACUUUGGAGAACUUCAAGGAGUUUGACAAGAUAUUUCCUGCUCUUGUAGCUGGCUUGCCCAUCCAUGUUUUCAAGAGUGCCUACAGUGCCAGAGAGAACCUAGCAAAGACGAUGCAUGCAGAAAACCUGUCCAAGAGGCACAACAUGUCUGACUUGAUUUCUAUGAGGAUGAUACUGAAUGACUCCCUAUCUACAUUCAAUGAUGUGAGCAAAGCUAGAACCCAUGUCGCUCUGCUUUGGGCUUCACAGGCUAACACGCUGCCUGCUACAUUCUGGAGUCUAUUUUAUAUGAUUAGGAGUCCAGAUGCUAUGAAAGCAGCUCAAAAAGAAGUCCAGAAAGUUCUGAGGGAUUCAGGUUUGACAAUGGACCCUGAUGAGCCAAACAUGCUAAAGCUGAGCAGAGACCAGUUAGACAACAUGCCUGUUUUGGACAGCAUCAUGAAAGAAGCCAUGCGGCUUUCCAGUGCCUCUUUGAAUAUUCGGGUUGCCAAAGAGGACUUCCUGCUUCACCUUGACAACCAAGAAGCUUAUCGCAUUAGGAAAGAUGAUGUCAUAGCCCUGUAUCCACCCAUGGUGCAUUAUGACCCAGAAAUCUAUGAAGAUCCUUAUGAGUACAAGUUUGACCGUUUCCUGGAUGAGAAAGGUCAGGAGAAAACCACGUUUUAUCGCAAUGGGCAGCGGCUGCGUUACUUCUACAUGCCCUUUGGCUCGGGGGUCACAAAAUGCCCUGGGAGAUUUUUUGCUGUGUAUGAGAUCAAGCAGUUUCUAACUCUGAUGCUGUCCUACUUUGACAUGGAAUUAUUAGAUCCUGCUAUCAGAGUUCCUCCUCUAGACCAAUCCCGUGCCGGUCUGGGAAUUCUCCAACCUACAUAUGAUGUGGACUUUAGAUAUAAGAGGAAGGAGAACCACUAAACCCAGUACAUGCCGUGCUGAUUGAUUGAAUUACUUACUGUAGAUAAUGUAAAUUUUACAGUACAAUAGGAUAUCUGUGUGUAAAUAGACUAAAUUAUUUUUCAAUGUCCUGUUUUUUUGUUUUUUUUGUUUUAUAAAAUCAAGUUGUAGAAGAUAGGCUGUAUGGAAUCAUUAGAAAUGAUCACAUAUUUCCAGAUCUUUACUGGCAUUCUGUCAUAUUCAAUACUUCUCAGAGUCAUGUACACUAAAUAGUUAUAAACAGUACUUACAAACUCAACUCACCAUGAACUUUAAACAUGCAGGUUAAUAAAAAAUAAAAAAAUAAUAAAGGCACAUUAGCAAAAUCACAGAUAAGUAUUGAUGAAAAUUUGAUUGCAUGUAUAUGUUUAUGUCACUGCAUGGGCAAAUCCCAGACCUGCAAACUCCAAGCAACAUCUUAACCAGGUGGACACGGCAUCUGCUCUCAGAGGGCAGAUUAUGGGGGAUCCUCCUUAGCAACUCAGUGUGGAGGACCAAUGCACUCAAGCAAUGCCAGGAGCACGUGUUAACCUUUGGAGUAGAAUGACUGUGCCAGCAGCUUGGCUCCCAAACGAAAAGGCACGUAAUGAAAAAGCAAGAAAUGGUGCUGCUCUGGUAAACAUUUUGUUGGAACUAUACUUUUGCACUGGCUGGUGUGAACACCAGAACUACAUAACAAUAGGUUGGCAUAUUAUUUCUGGUUUGGCUUUUCUUUUCAAUAAAGUUUAUGUGAGGAUAUUGAUACACACAUCUCUGUGUGUAUUCAAAUUAAGAAGUUGCAGAUCCUUGUAACAUCAUUGUAGACUUUAAUCUUAGCUACUUAAUGCAUUUGGCAUUUUGUCUUUUGGACAAAAUAAAGUAUCUGGGUUUAUUUGGGGCCAUCAAAACCAUAACUUCUAGGUUCUCCAUUGGUGUGUGUUGCUGCAAACAACAUCAUGCAACUCAGCUGAAAUAGGUGGAAAUUAAAGCCAAAUGUAUGACAAUGAUGUCGCCUCUGAUUUAGCCACACCACCACAAUCACGCUCCAUCAAAAACUCUGUGUGCUUCAAAGCAAGUGAGACCAAUUUGUUGUCCAUCUGCUGACUGAAGAUCAUCUUGAUAAGCUGAAGGGGGUCAGACAUGGAGCUUUCCAAGGAAAAAAAGGCACUUCCUGCUAUGAAGGGGCAGGUCUUAGAUUACAUCAGAAUAUGACAAAAUAGGCUUGUCAGGCAUCCCACCCUGAUGCCAAAUUUGGUGCUACUUGGCCAUUGUGAGUGAAGGUUAUAGUAUUUAAUUUGCUUUGGCAAGUUCGCCAAGUCUGCCACGUGGACACUCCCUCUAAACAUGCUCAGAAACUCAGGAUAUUGAUAACUUUAAUCCCCUAUUCCUUAACUGUUUCCUGAACAAAAAUGAAGCCGGCAGCGUUAAACAUGAAAAAUGGCUGAAAAUGGCUGCCUCUCUGUACAUCUUAGAGCAGGGGUGCUCAUGUCCAGUCCUCCAGAGCUACUGUCUUGCAACUUUUAGAUGCAUCUUUAGUCCAACUGACCAGGAUCAGCUCUGAACAGGCCUGACAACGAGCCAUUCAUUUGAUUAAGGUGUGUUGGAGCAGGAAAGCAUCUGAAAGUUGCAGGAUGGUAGACUAAACGUGAGCACCCUUGUUUUAGAGCAUACAAACAGCAAUACCCGACAUAAGCAGUGACUCGGUAACUCUAAUGAGAGGACUUUUUUCAGUAACAAGUAAUCUGGCACAUUACUAAUUGUCCAUUACUAUUUUUGUCAUUGUCUCCAGUAAUUAAAUUUUAUUUCCUCUACGUGUUUUGGGGAGUUAUUGCCAUUGUAACAGAGUUACAAAUGUACUUUUGUUAAAUUAUUAUUUCUUAUACAUUUUAUAUUGAGAGUUUGUGAAUUUUAUCUCAUUCAGUUAUUUUUAUUUAUUUUGUUGUUUUUGCCUGCGGGGGUCGCUCUUUUGCACUCCGUCUCAUGUGUGUUUCCUGGGCUUCCGUAGUUGCUUUCAGCCCUCAUAGCUCCUCUGCCCCCCCCUUUCCCUCACAGCGUUGUUACCGCUGCUGUGGGACUGCAGAGAGAGAAAGAGAGGGAGUUGAGAAGUUUUGAUUUGUUUUCCUUCUUUCCCAGAAAUAAAAAAAAAGAGAAUUUAAACAUCCUGACCGAUGUCAUCCGUUACACUGGUGCCGUGACCCUUUGGAUCUACAGAUCAGCUCGACGCUCUUCGCCGUGGUUGCUGUGCACCUGUCCUGAUCUGCAGUUCGGGAUCCUUUUGUGGUCAGGUCAAUAAGAGACUCUGAAUUACAACACUUUCUUUUACGAUCACUGAGUUAAAAUACUAA